ACCCAACCACUGCAAACCCAAACAGGACAAACACCCAAACAGGACCUCCACCCAAGCAGAACAAACACCAAACAUCAACCACUGCUAACAAUGAAAAAAAACCCAUCAACCCUCUAGAAUAAAAAAAAAAAACCCUUACAAACCAAACACACCACUACGACACACCCAGCACAGAACCACCACUAACCAAUACAACCCGAGACCCAUCAAGAGAUUAAAUACAAUGCACCCCACUAACUCUCACUCUCUCUCCCUUACACCAGCUAAGUUUUCUUUCUGAUUUUGGCUUUGUUCCUCAUCUCCAUCUCGAUAAAAUCCUUCAGGAAAAUGUCUUCUCUACCACCAAAAUCGAUCUGCAAUUUCUGGCCCAUUUGUCCUGGAUGCUCUUCUGUGGCAUAUGGUGCAUCAGAGGAAAUAGGACCUUUCAGAAUAAACAAAACAGUCGCAGGAUUAUAUCUUAACAAAUUCUCAUGGAAUACUGUAGCAAACCUAUUGUUCCUCGAAACUCCUGCCGGUGUCGGCUUCUCUUAUAGUAAUAGGACAUCAGAUCUCCAUGACACCGGUGAUCUUCGCACCGCGAAGGACUCUCUGCAAUUCCUAAUCCGAUGGAUGGAACGGUUCCCACGUUACAAAAGCCGAGAAGUAUAUCUCACCGGAGAGAGCUAUGCCGGCCAUUAUGUCCCUCAGCUGGCUAAAGCAAUUGUCACCUACAAUGCCAACUCUAACAACCACCCUAUAAAUUUGAAAGGAUUUAUGGUUGGCAAUGCAGUGACAGACAACUAUUACGACAACCUCGGAACAGUGACAUACUGGUGGAGCCAUGCCAUGAUCUCCGACAGAACAUACCGGCAACUAAUAAACACUUGCGAUUUCAGCCACCAAAAGGCAUCGAAUGAGUGCGAAUCAUUGUUCAAUUAUGCGAUGGAUCAAGAAUUUGGAAACAUUGAUCAGUACAACAUUUAUGCACCCCCUUGCAACAACUCCGAUGGAAGCGGCACUCAAACUGGCCGCCAUACCAUACAUUUGCCUCAUCGACCCCAUCCGAUAUUCAGGCAGAUAUCAGGGUAUGAUCCUUGUACAGAAAAGUAUGCAGAGAUUUACUACAAUAGGCCAGAUGUGCAGAAGGCUCUCCAUGCCAACUCCACCAAAAUUCCAUAUAAAUGGACUGCUUGCAGCCUAGAAUUAAAUGGAAAUUGGAACGACACAGAUAUAUCGAUUCUUCCCAUAUAUCGGGAAUUGAUUGCUGCUGGUUUGAGAAUUUGGGUUUUCAGCGGCGAUAUCGACUCGGUAGUACCAGUGACUGCCACUAGGUACUCCCUAGCACAACUCAAGCUGCCUACCAAGAUUCCAUGGUACCCUUGGUAUGUUAAGAAACAGGUGGGAGGGUGGACCGAGGUAUAUGAAGGGCUAACAUUUGCAACAGUGAGAGGGGCAGGUCAUGAAGUACCACUUUUCAAGCCAAGAGCAGCCCUUCAACUCUUCAAAUCAUUUUUGAGAGGGGAACCCCUUCCAAAGUCUUGAAACAUUUAUAUAUAUAUAUAUAUGAUCA